AUGGCAGAGGCGGCGGCGCUGGCUGGCAAGGGGCUGCGCGCGCAUUGCCGGCGCUUCUGUUGCGGGGAAGGUUCAAGAAGAGGAUGGGGUUUGCAACCGGUACACUCCUUUUACAGGUUUCGUAGCACUAGAGUGGCCUUUGAAAGCAUCAACAAACCUGUUAUCGACCGCAUCAUCAGAGUGGAUCACGCAGGAGAAUAUGGGGCGAACCGCAUAUAUGCCGGCCAGAUGGCAGUGUUAGGUCGGACUUCAGUUGGUCCAGUGAUCCGGCACAUGUGGGAUCAGGAAAAAGAGCACUUGAAAAAGUUCAACGAGUUACUGAUCGCGUAUCGAGUCCGGCCCACUGUUCUGCUGCCUUUCUGGAAUGUGGCGGGGUUUGUGCUAGGCGCAGGGACCGCCUUGCUCGGCAAAAAAGGCGCCAUGGCAUGCACCGUGGCUGUGGAGGAGAGCAUAUCCCAUCACUACAACAACCAGAUCCGGACACUGAUGGAAGAAGAUCUGGAAAAGUACAGAGAAUUACUAGAGAUAAUCAAGAAGUUCCGGGAUGAGGAGCUGGAGCAUCAUGACAUUGGGCUCGAGCACGAUGCGGAGCUGGUGUGAUUCUCGGGGUUCCAA